GCCCACGCACGAACAGAGACAGCGAGGGGGAGAGGAACCUAGGGUUCCGCCACCGCCGCAAGAGCCGCCGCCGCGGCCUCCACUCGCCGUCGCCCGCCGCCGCCUCCUCCACUCGCCGUCAGUAGCCGCCGCCUCCACUCGUCCUCGCCCACCGCAAGAGCCGCCGCCGCCGCCUCCACUCGCCGUUGCCCGCCGCCGCCUUCUCCACUCGCCGUCGCCCGCCGCCGCCUCCUCCACUCGCCGUUGCCCACCGCCGCCUCCUCCACUCGCCGUUGCCCACCGCCGCCUCCUCCACUCGCUGUCAGUAGCCGCCACCUCCACUCGUCCUCGCCCACCGCAAGAGACGCCACCGCCGCGGCAAGAGCCGUCGCCGCCUCCACUCGCCGUCUUCGCCGGUCCCCUUCACCGGCCAACGCCUGGCCUUCUCAUCCACCGCCGGAGAACGACGCCCACUCCCUCGAGCAACGAUGUCGUCGUCAGUUGGGAUGGAGAAGGCAACGAAUAAGUCAGCGAAGAAGGCAGCGAAGAAGGCAGACAAGACAGACAAGGCAAUUUGGGAUGCAUACCAUACUAGGGCAUUUUGCGAGUUAUGUGCGAGGGAAGUUGAAGCAGGCAAUAGGCCGGGGGCGUUCUUGAGUCCUAGAGGAUAUAAGAAUUUAGGGGAGAGUUGGUUGCAGAUAACUAAGAAAAGUUAUGUGAGGAUGCAAUUCAAGAAUAGAUGGGAAAAUCUCAAAACUAUGUAUUAUCAAUGGAAACAACUGCAAAUUGACGCAUCUGGACUUGGAUGGAAUGCUAAGCUAGGAACCAUUGAUGCUGAUACUGAUUGGUGGAACACUCACCUAAUAAAAAACCCGGAGCAUGCAAAGUAUAGGAAUGGAGGACCACCCAACUUGGCUGAAAUGGACCUCAUGUUUGAUGACCGUCAUGUCACCGGUGCCGAGUCAGCUAUCCCCGGUGAGAUACCAUUGGACAAGGAGGAUGUUAGUGAUGACACUGAUAGUGCAGAGGAUGAUGAUGAAGUCAUCAAAGCAAAACCAAAGAAGCAGCGAAAGACCAAGUCCUGUAAAGAUGAUUUUUCUGCUCAAGAUGAGAAGAACCCAUUUGUUCGGAUGUACAAGAAGGCUAGUGAUGUGAUAUGUGUAACGGCUGAAAGUAUAAAAGAAGCAUCUAGCUCCAGCAUGGCUCGUCCUCCCCCUCCUCUGGUUGCUCCUCCCCCUACUCCGGUUGGCCCUAGUAUGAAUGAGGCAAUGGAGAUGGUUCGUGAAUGUGGAGUUGAGGAAGGAAACCCUCUCUUUUUCUCUUCGAGCAUGCUAUUUAUGAAGGCUGAGUAUAGAGAAAUGUUUGCAUCGGUUCAGACCAAGGAAGGAAGGUUUGAUUGGCUCGAGAGAGCGCAUGAUUAUGCUAUGUAACUUCUCGUUUAGAAUAAUUGCUUAGUUCUUUGCUUGGAUUAUGCUAUGUUGUUGGUCUGUACCAUUUGCUUAUUUGAAUGCUUGGA